AUGUACCUGAACUUUGAGGCUAUAGAAGAGCUAGUGGUCCAAAUCAUCUCAAACCCUUUUGUCAGCGGUCCGGCCAGUAUUGCUUUAUUCUUCUCUUUGUUUGCUAUUGGCUCUCGUCGUCUGGACCUCAGUCAUGGUAAUGGCACAAUCAAAGGAGCAACAAUAGGCUACUUCAGGAUAGCUCUGCGUAUGAGAUCUUGCAUGUAUGGUGAGGUUAGCCUCUUAAAAUCACAGGCCUUUCUUCUCAUGACCUACUUCUCAUUUACUGUCGGUGCCAGUUCCACAUCUAGUCUAAUGGCGGAUGCUACUUCUUGUCUCCAAACUCUUCGCCUUCAUAGCUCCAGUGAGAUCAACAAAUUAUCUAGUGACCGCUUGGAGCAAACAAAUCUCAAGAGAGCUUUCUGGGGCAUUUACUCAAUGGAAAAGCCUUACUCUCUACAAGAAGGACUCUUGCCAUUAAUACACGGCGAAUAUGCGGACCAUAACAUUUCUUCACUCCAAAGUUCCUUAGAUGUAGGAACCGACUUGCUGGGUGUAUAUGUCAGGUACGCAGAGGUCUGCUCGAGUAUUCUGCGGCAACUUCACAGCCAACGACAUGAAAGCCGAGACUGCUCAGUCUGCUGCGGGAGAGGCUACUGCGAAAAAAGCCCUGCCUCUACUCUUUGCCGGCUCGAAGACAGUCUCAUGAUGUGGAAAACCGAUUUUUCACUCAAUUUCAACGUCGAUAACUUGUCGGCACUUUCACGUGUUGAGAGGCGCCAUAGGCUAGCCUAUAUCACCAGGUUCCAUUUUGCUACCAUUGCGAUCUAUUCCCUUCCGGAGAUAGAGGCGACAGACAUGAGCAAAGAAAGGCGUUGCGAGUCAGCACGUCAAAUACUCAACUUGAGCUCACACAUAUCCUGGUCUGAUAUGUGUGAUAACUGGGAACUUUGCUCGGCCAUAUCAUUGGCGACUUGUAUAAUCGCAACAGGAAUCAUCCAAAAAGCCUCGCUGGCAGAGGCAGAAAGAAGCAUAGCAGUCACAGAUAACAUUUCAACCUACAACAUGUAUUCUCACAAGACAAGUUGUGAGAUAGACAUACCAUAUAUCGGUAUAGCAAUCGGCUUCUUCAGUCGAAUAUCGCUAAGCACAACUCAUGAUUUUGGAAACGCAGCCAUGGAACUAUGUAGUUUUGCUCUUAGCUUGGCAAGGUGUUAG